AUCCCCAGGAAUUUCCCCAUCUUCUCCAUCUCCUCUUGUUACCCAUUCAUUACCUUCUUACCAUCACUAUGAAGUCUGUCAUCUUCACCCUCAUCGGUGGCGCCGCCGCCUUUCCUUUCGUUGCAAACGCCCCCGGCGUCAACUCACCAUGGUCGGGCUCCGGCCUCCACCGUUUGAGGGCUCGCCAGCAGCCCGGUGGUGAGGGAGCAGGCUCCGAAGCGAACUGCCCCUACAACCCCAACCACGUUCCCGCCGCUCCCUUCAACCCCAAGUACCCCUACAACAACGCCAAGAAUGGUCAGAUGGGCAACCAGAAGGGUGGUUACCUCGUCCCUGCCAAGGGCGACACUGCGCAUCAGUUCGUCGCGCCCAACCCCAAGACCGACAUCCGUGGACCAUGCCCGGGUCUGAACGCUGCUGCCAACCACAACUUCCUUGCCCACGACGGUGUCACCACCUUUGACGAACUCGUUGAUGCUCAACAAAACGUCUACAACGUCGGCUACGACCUUGCGCUGCUGCUCGCUACGCUCGGUCUCACCCUCACUGACGGUGAUGUGGUGACGGAGAAGCUGUCCAUCGGCUGUGAUGCCACCAGCCGCACUUCCUUCAACCCCGCCCUCACCGGCAGCGAGCCCGGCCUCGACGGCCACGACAAGUUCGAGGCCGACUCGUCGCUGACGCGCAACGACUUCUUCCUCGACAACGGCAACGACUUCUCGUUCAACGGCACGUUGUUCGGGUACAUGGCGAGCGUGGCCGAGUCCACCGGGGGUGGCAACUUCGACUUCAACGCCAUGUCCGCCUACCGCAAGCAGCGCUACGACCAAUCCCGCGCAGAGAACGGAAACUUCUACUUUGGCCCCUUGGCCCUGCUGCUCUACGGCGCCUCGUCGUUCGUCUACGAGCUCAUGCCCACCGCCGGCGGCCCGGCCGACCUCGCCACCGUCUCCUCCUUCUUCGGCACCUCCAAGAACUCCGCCGGUCAGUGGGUGUUCAACAACAACGAGCAGAUCCCGCCCAACUGGUACGCGCGCGUUGAGCCCUACAGCAACAACGAUGUGACGACCCAGAUCCUCGAGCAGUACCUCAAGUACCCCGUGCUCUUCGGCGGCAACACCGGCAAGGCUGGCGGCAGCUUCGACGCAGUCAGCUUCGGCGCCAUCCAGAACGGCACCAUCUCCUCCAGCAUCUCCGCCACGCAGACCUCUUGCUUGCUCUACCAGCUUGCCACCGGCAGCGUGCCCAGCUACCUCAACGGCGUCCUCACUCCCAGCGUCAAGGCCCUGUCCUUUGUCCUGGAGAAGCUCACCUCCAACCCCACGUUCAAGAACUUGGGCUGCCCCAUCCCGUUGACCUAGUUCGUCCUUGUGAACUAGAGUUGAACUCAAGCGGAGGAAGACUUGAUGAUGAUAUCGAAGAUCUAUGUAGACAGGCAGAUGGAAUUGUCAAGCGAAAGCUUAUGUAUGAGAAUGCACAAAAGAAAUGCCUUA